AUGUUCAUCACGUGUCUACAAGUAACGUUUUUGAUUGGUCAGUACAGGAAACAUCCCAUCAUACACUGCAAACCUAAUUGGCAGUCUCGUCCUCAAAAUAAAAUGAAACGAGUCCUGUACAUUGAUCCUGUGGAAAGAAUAGGAGCUAAAACUGGUAGUGAGAAUGUAUUUCCAAGCAAAAUGGUUGACCAUGUUGACUGGAGACUCAUUUUUGUGCAGUGGGUCCGAACAAACUGCUUCAAAGUCAUCAUACUUAGCCUGUUUGUUGUUGGACUCUAUUUCUACUACUGGUCUAGACCACAAAAUAACUUUUGGACCAACUUUUCUGAGGAAAGUUCUAAGAUUUACAAUAAAGGUGUAGACAAGGAGGAAAGAAAAGAACUCAAAUUGCAAAAUUUUGCACACACAAAAAUUUCAAGUGAACAUUUCCAGGAAACACCAUUUGUGUCUGAAAAGCAGUUUGGAAAUGAUGUCAAAUCACAGGGCAUUGAUGUCCUUCUACUUUUCUCAAAAGCUAAAAAUAAUUGGCCGUUGCGAAAUAAGUUUUCAGUGAUGGUUCAGUCACUCCUGGAGACGUCGUCCAUUCCACUGAGACUUCACGUGAUUGGGGACAGCGAGAGUCAAGAGAUCGCCACACAGACACUUGAAGGAAUCAAGAAGUCAGAUGCGGAGACUUCUAACUAUACGCUGAUGAGUCAUGAAAUUGACACAAUGGCAAAGCAGCUGCAUGAGAUUGUAAAACCCUUACAAGAUCACUUCAGUGCUCACCCUGGUGCGUACUACAGCGACGCUCUCUUCUUCCUGUCAGUAGCCGUCCAUCGCGUCAUGCCGGAUACGAUGCACCGUGCCAUCAUGCUCGACGCUGAUCUCAAAUUCUACACUGACAUUGCAGAAUUGUAUAACCUAUUCGGGAAAUUCUCCCCGAAUCAAGUCAUAGGAAUUGCAAAUGAAAUGCAGCCUGUUUACCGACACACGUUUUAUCCGUACAGGAGUAAAAACCAAGGGACUCGAGUAGGUGACCCACCCCCUGAUGGUAAACCUGGCUUUAAUAGUGGCGUUUUACUGCUCGACUUGGACAAAAUGAGGAAGUCUGAAUUGUAUAAUGCUCAGAUUAACCGAGAUAAGAUUAAAACGUUAACGGACAAGUAUAGUUUUAAGGGCCAUUUAGGAGAUCAGGAUUUUUUUACACUUUUAGGGAUGGAGUUCGAUGAUUUGUUUUAUGUCAUUCCGUGUUGUUGGAAUCGUCAGUUGUGCCAGUGGUGGAAGGACAAGGGUUAUGAAAGUAUUUUUGAUCUUUAUCAUUCGUGUAAGGAGAAGGUUAAUGUGUAUCAUGGGAAUUGUAAUACUCCAAUACCAGACUUUGCUGGGUAGGUCUUCGUCACGGGGUGGGGUGGGGGGGCUAUGUCAUCUGCCCUUUGGACAUAUUUGUUACAGAUUCCAUCCCUGAGGCACAAUUCAGGUCUAAACAUUUGUGUCAUUAUGCAUAUUUCUAAAAGAUCUCAGUCUUGAGUAAACUGUAUAGUAUGAAAUAUUUUGCCCUGCGGGAAAUGAUUUCAGAAUUGUUUAUUCUUUGGUAUAGAGAAUUUGAUCAUCCCAUGUGCGAAGAAAAAAAUCUAUGGUACGCAUAACUUAUAACCAAGCUUUUUUUGUAUUUCUACGAGGACUGGAAAUCGAAAGAUGUUCUCUUUGAAGUAAUUAUAUCAUGCUUUUACAAUGAGUUCUGACCUGUAUAGAAAUUGAUUUUAUGCAUCAAUGCUUGUACAUAAGCAACGAAAUGUAUGUCCAGGUUAGAAUAUGGCGGACAUGUUCGCUUAACCUAUAAAUGAUAAUAUCCGUGUUUUGGUAUCAAGGUUCAUGAGUGAAAAAGGGCUGGGGUGGAGUAUGUCCAGUCCAAGCUAUUUCAGAGUUAUUUUUAUAAUUGUGCUUUGAUACCAGGAGAUACAUAUACAUGUAUAUUUUUGGGUUAUUGGGAUUUUUGCUAAGGAAAUUGAAAAUGUGGUCAUUUUAAUUGCUUGCCAGUUAUGUAUAGUUGUAUGAGAUCAAAACAUAUCAGUGCGGUGUGGUAUCUGUGAGUGUUUCCCCUACAAUACAGAUCAGGCCUUGAAUGGUGAUUCUGUGAAUACAUGGAAUAGGGGAACAAUGGAAACACUGAUACUGAUGGAUGUUACUCUGUCCUGUCGUUUGUUCAUAUCUUCUGAUUGCAUUUGUGAUGUCAUGUAAGCUAAGGUGCUUUAAUUGUUUGUUGUUUAUUUGCUCAUGUGCUUCAUAAUGCAAACUCGUUCGUUUACGUGUAGCUAAAUAUGUAUACCUGGUACAGGGCGUGUCAGAAUAAUGUAGCAGCGAAUAAUGUCUGUUUAUUUUAGGAAUUUGUACAAACUAGUUAUAUUUUAGUUUUGUAAAAUGAAAAUAAAACAGACUGAUUGAA